UCAAAGUCCACACACACACUCUCCUACUCUCAGUCUCAUUCAUAUUCACAAGAAAAAUAAACUAUACUAGACUCUAGCAAAAUGGCCUCUACACAAUGCUUCUUGCACCCCCAAUAUGCUCUUACAACUCCAUCUAGAAGUUUGUCUCAGCGCCAAAUUGUUACCAACAAACCAAACCAUAUUGUUUGCAAGGCACAGAAACAAGAUGUUGAGGAUGUUGCUGUCAGUGUUGUUUCUCGUAGGUUAGCACUUUCUGUACUCCUUGGUGCUGCUGCUGUUGGCUCAAAGGUUUCACCUGCUGAUGCUGCCUAUGGAGAAGCUGCCAAUGUCUUUGGAAAGGCAAAGACAAACACAGACUUUUUGCCAUACAAUGGAGAUGGAUUCAAACUGUUGGUUCCAGCAAAGUGGAAUCCAAGCAAAGAGAGAGAGUUCCCUGGUCAGGUUCUUAGAUACGAGGAUAAUUUUGAUGCAACAAGCAAUGUUUCCGUUCUUGUCCAAACAACUGACAAGAAGUCCAUCACCGACUAUGGUUCACCUGAAGAGUUCCUAUCCAAGGUGGACUAUUUGCUUGGAAAACAAGCCUUCUUUGGCCAAACUGAUUCAGAGGGUGGUUUUGAUACAAAUGCCGUAGCUGUGGCAAACAUCUUAGAGAGUUCAGCACCAGUGAUUGGUGGGAAACAGUAUUUCAACAUAUCAGUUUUGACAAGGACUGCUGAUGGCGAUGAAGGUGGAAAGCACCAGCUGAUUACAGCAACUGUAAAUGAUGGAAAACUAUACAUUUGCAAGGCUCAAGCUGGAGACAAGAGGUGGUUUAAGGGAGCAAGAAAGUUUGUUGAGGACACUGCAAGUUCUUUCAGUGUUGCCUAAAUUAAGAACUUUGGUCAAGGGUUGUUAUUUUGCAUGUAAAUCUUAUUCUUAAGUAAGCACUUGGAGUUUUAAUCAUAAUGGCUUUUUAAACAUGCUCUCUAAUUAAGAAUUUUAAGCUGUUACAAGCCAUUGAGAAUUUUAAACUAUAUAUGAAAAAUCAUUUAUUGGAAGAAA